AUGCUGAUUCGACUUAGCAAAGCAUCUUCAGAAAGUGGUGGUGGUGUUGCUGCUGCAGCUGGUGGAGGAGGGGCUGUGGUGAAAUCCUUACUGGCAGAGACAGUGACGGUUGCUUGCCCGGACCAUCUUGUACUGGCUGAUCUUCCUGUUGCAAAAGGCAUUGGGGGUGCAACUGCUGCUACCGUUGUCAAGACUGUGGGCCGUAGGUCGCGGCGUCAGCUUGGCGAGCGAGUGCAUUUUUGCGUCCGCUGUGAUUUCCCAAUCGCCAUCUACGGUCGCCUGAGUCCUUGCGAGCAUGCCUUCUGUCUUGAUUGUGCUAGGAGUGAUUCAACAUGCUAUCUUUGUGAUGAGCGUAUUCAGAAGAUUCAGACAAUCAAAAUGAUGGAGGGGAUCUUCAUCUGUGCAGCCCCUCAUUGUCUUAAAUCUUUCAUGAAGAGAUCUGAGUUUGAAGCUCAUAUUCAUGAUAGCCAUGCUGAUCUCCUACAGCCAAAUGCAGUAAAAGAUGAGGGUAUUGAGUCAGAGGUUCAGAGUGCUAAACAACCAACAGCAUCAGAUUCCACUGUUCGAGCUCCUCCAAGGCCAGUUAUUUCACCUGGUUCAAGUUCCCAGCUUCUUGAUUUUGAAGACAAAGCUCGCCGGCAGCAGCCUAGAGAACCACUUCAAAGGCCUGUGAUGCCAAAACCACCAUAUUUUGGGCCAGCCCAAAAUUACCUAUCAGAGCCCCAACUAAAUAAUAACCUUCCCCCAGGGUUUGACCGACCUGUUCACCAGGGUCAUUUUCAACAGAUUACACAGGGUAAUCCACAACAAGAAUCCAGCCAGUUUGCAGACAAGCAACAGGGAAUAGCGUCUGAGACUCCCAUGCCUGAAUACCCACCGAUUCAUUCCAUUCAACCACCAAAUUUUGUUGUGCCGCAGAAUUCGAAUCCACUAUUGACUCCUCAAUUUGGUCUUCCUCAUUUCCAACCUGAGGGAGCUCAGCCAUUCUAUGUUGCACCCUAUGAGAUGGGCCAGAUGGCCAGGCCAGAUUCAACACCAGAUGGUGGAGCAGAACAAGGGUCUUUGUUAGGUUUCCCUCCAGGUCCAGCAGGCGGUAUGAAUUUCAUGGCAAAUUAUCCACAGCCCUGGAAUGCUGGACCAGCACCAGGUGGUCAGGGAAUUCCUGAUGCUUUCGCAAACUCGUCAGAUUCUCAGGGUAAUGUUGCAUUUUAUCAGGGUGAUUAUGGACGGAGUCCAGGAGUUCUACCUAUGGUUCCUCCUCCCCCACCCUCUGCCAACAAGGGGAUGGAAGCUAUGGAUCCUAGAGAUGGCAAAGGUAUAUUGGCACCACAACCCUUUCCGCAUCCACCACCACCUCCACCGCCCUUGCCUCACUCAUCACAGCCCAAACGAGGUAACUACUAUUCUGGGGAUAUGGGCCAUGAUGGACCUGGUUAUGGAUGGCAGCAUGAGAACCGUGAUGGCUUCGGAAGUGGGCAGGAGUAG